CUUCCCUCAUCAUCUCUGGCUUUAAAGCCUCAGGAAGGUGGAUGACACACACAUGUGGGUCACCUGCCACUGCAGUAACAUCUCCUCAUCCUGCAGCUUCUCCUGAGAAUUGAAGGUGGUGGUAUUUGGUGCAAAUCUUCUUAAGGUUAUUCUGAAGUCUUUCAGAAGGACAGGUAUCUGUAUCUCGUACUGCAGCACCCAGCGGAUUCAGGCGAAGGUCAUAAUGGGCUCAAGCUCCUCAUCCUACGCCCCUAAAACUGUCUACCUGGAUGUAGAUGGCAAAGUCCAGAGGGUCAUUUUCAGUCGCCACUGCAGUCCGUGUGACAUUAAAGAGCUCCUCUGCACAUCGUCCAACAUUGCCAGAAACUCAGCGAUACUUCUGGUGGACACAGAAGGGGCGCUAAUAUCCAUCGACCCCACCAUGCCCACCAACUCCCCCAAUAACCUGUAUAAGGUAGUCCCCCACUCCGGUCAAGGAGGAGAGAAAGAAGACAUGUUCCAGAAUGUUCUCUCACAGGUGGCUGAGCAGUUCAGUCGAGCUUUCAGGAUAAACGAGCUGAAGACUGAGGUGACCAACAGACUGGCCAUGCUGGAGAAGAGAGUCGAACUGGAGGGCCUGAAAGUGGUGGAGAUUGAGAAAUGUAAGAAUGAUCUGAAGAAACUAAGGGAUGAGAUGACCUCUAGAGGCGGAGCGAGUUCUCAUUUUGGAGAUACGAGAGUGAACUGCAACUGCAAAUACAAUUUCACAGACGACGGAAAGAAGCUCUCUCCAAGACGGGAUGUCCCGAGUUACCCAAAGUACACACUCUCCCAGGAGACUAUAGAAGCUCUAAAGAAGCCCACCUUUGAUGUAUGGCACUGGGAACACAAUGAGAUGCUAAGCUGUUUAGAGUACAUGUAUCAUGACCUGGGGCUGGUUAAGGAGUUCAACAUGAACCCCAUCACACUGAAAAGAUGGCUGUUGGCGAUUCAGGAAAAUUACCGUGAGAACCCAUUCCACAACUUCCGCCACUGCUUCUGCGUCAGCCAGAUGAUGUAUGGAAUGAUUCACCUCUGCAACCUCCAGGUGUGGGAGAAGCUGACUAUGACAGACAUGUGCAUUCUAAUGACGGCAGCUGUGUGCCAUGAUCUGGACCAUCCAGGAUAUAAUAACACGUAUCAGAUUAAUGCUCGGACAGAGCUGGCCGUGCGUUAUAACGACAUUUCCCCCUUGGAGAACCACCACUGUGCCGUGGCCUUCCAAAUCCUCGCCAUGCCCGAGUGUAACAUCUUCGCCAACAUCGAACCUGAGUCCUUCAAACAGGUCCGACAGGCAAUCAUUACUCUCAUUUUAGCCACUGACAUGGCCAGACAUGGAGAGAUACUAGACUCCUUCAGACAGAAAGUGGACAACUUUGACUUUACCAACGAGGAGCACGUCAAAUGUCUAAAGAUGGUCUUAAUCAAGUGCUGCGACAUCUCCAACGAGGUCAGGCCUACAGAGGUGGCCGAGCCGUGGGUGGACUGUCUGCUGGAGGAGUAUUUCAUGCAGAGCGACAGAGAGAAGUCAGAAGGUCUUCCUGUCGCCCCGUUCAUGGACCGGGACAAAGUGACCAAGCCCACUGCGCAAAUCGGCUUCAUCAAGUUUGUCCUCAUCCCCAUGUUUGAGACAGUCAUGAAGCUCUUCCCUCAGAUUGAGGAGAUCAUGGUACAGCCAUUGCGAGAUUCUCGGGACCAUUAUGAAGAACUGAAGCAGAUAGAUGAUGCCAUGUCAGAGGCUCAGAAGAAGAAAACGGAGAGCAUGUCAUUAGGAAAGAAGAAAUAGACUUAGCCUCCGUCUUUCAUGGUAGCAAAAAAGAGGUUCAGGCUAAACUGAAAUCCCGUGGCCAGGAGUGAAGCCUAGCAUUGUUCUGGCUUCCCACGUGCCUUUUUACUGAAGCGGAGUGGAGCUUCUCCAUCCCAACGUCUCAGAAGACAUUAAGACUUCUCUGAGGAGGUGGCUCCUUCCACGUCCCAUAGAUGUAGUAAGAAUUAGGAGAAGAUUCAAGAAGGCAGUGAAUACUCAGUGGAUUCAUGCCUUUAUUCUUAAACACUGUUUGAAAACGAUGGUUUGAAAGAAAAGCUUUUUAUUUUGUUCUGAAAAAAGCAGAGUGAUGAGAGAGACUUCAAUAAAUAAAACACAGUUCUGAGUAAUCUGAAAUUAAAUUGAAGUUACUGGAGGUUUCAGUGUGUACCUGUUGGCCCUCUGCUGUCGGACCAGUUUAAUGUGUUAUUUUAUUGUUUAAAUCUUAUGAAAAGAAAAUAAGAAGUUAAAAUAAAAAAUUUAAUAUGGAAAAUAGAAAUAUGGUAAGGUAAACAACCUGAACAACAUUUAAAAAUGAAAAAAAACUAAGAAGAAGAAGAAAAAGAUUUUUGAUGGCCUUUCAGCUGCAGUUCGAGGUUUUGCCAAUUCGCUGCAUAUUUCUUUUUUAUUUGCAUAUUUUGUCCCUCCCGUGUCAGUUUGGUUUCAGUUGGCAAACACUUGUUAGUUUGUAUGUUCUGCAAUAGAUUUACCCACACAAAUGUGAUUUAUUGGAUGUUCCAACAUAUUCUAUUCACAUUUUGGAAUACAUUAACACAUUUUAACACAUAUUUUAAACUCUUGUGGCUGGUUUGCUGAUAUGGAUUCAACUAAAUAUCACUAAACUAGUGAUUUGUCAUUAAAAAUCCCACUGAAUUUAGGCUUAAACUGGGUCUGAGAAAGUGGUGCAGAAAAGUGGGUACACUCAAUUAAAUACAAAUAAAUAUACACACUAUAUGACAUAAACUGUUGGGGUUACAUAAACACACUAUCAAAAACUGGACAUGCGGUACGAAGAUUCAGAAUGACUACAUAAAGCUGUUGGUUUGCUUCACUAACAGAGCUACACAGUAUUUUUUAGUUUAAAAUUGAAAUUGAUCUUUUUUUACCUGGUUAGUUCAUGUCUCUGCUAAUAUUAAGCACCAUGACUCACUGAUUCAUCAUGUUAUCUAAUCACAGACAACAUUACUGUUUUCCUGUAAUCUACGUCAUCAUGCACCGGCGGACAGGAAAAAAAUAAUAUCAACCAGCAAUAUCAUGUUUUACCCCUGUCUCCCACCACCCCACCUAUCAUCUCAGGUAGCUCAGUGACCCCUGAUACCACAAUAUAAUCAGAAAUACUAAGAAUGCAAAAUUAAAAAUGCAAAUUGCCAAUUCACAUUGACUUUAAAGAGUUUUAUAAAAUAUGAAAAUGAGGUCAUGUGUGGCAGCGCAUCAUGCUACAGUAUUUUACUGAUUUAUCUAUUUCCUUCUUUAUUUAUUUAUUAAUUAAGUCAGGAGAUGUUUUUUUUGUUUGUUUUUGUUUUUUUAAUGAAGGGAACAAUAAAAAAAUACAAACCUUUGGGCCUGAAAACUUUAAAUACAUGAGCUGGAAUUCAUUCUCAAGUAUGUGGCAUUGUUUCAACCAUAACUGUUCUGCAGACUUAUUUGGUAUACUGUGUUGAAAACGGGCAUUUUUCAUCACCAAAGAUUUCUUUGUAGUAGAUUGUUUCUGGAUUGAGAUAGCUGUAAACUGAACCAGCAGAGAAUAGGCCAGAAUAGUUCAGAGUUAGUUGUUUUUCACCCUUCCUUUUUCUAAUGUGUGCACUAUAGAUCAAAUGUUGGCAAAGUUACACAAUAAACCCCACC